AUGCGACUGCAAAUGCUCUGCGUGCUGGUCAGCGUCACGGCUUGUCAGUUGGUCGCCAGUCAGUCCACGACGUCAACCGCCUGGCUGGCUAGCUCAACCACCGCGGCCUCCUUUGUCACGGCCACCCCGCCGUCAACAAGGAUGCCUGCAGAUUCCGACAUCGUUGACUUCCCCAUCGAAGCCUCGCUGGCGCCGACCAAUGAUGCUGCGCGUCGCCAGAGCGUUUGGCAAGACCGGCGCUUGUGGUUUGUGGCAGCCGGUGGUGGCUUUGUCAUCAUCGCCGCCACCAUUGUGGCUGUGGGAAUCACCCAGCAAGGUCGCAAACGCCGAAAUUUGGCACUCGACCUCGAGUGGUGUGAUCCCGACAGCGUCCCUGACUCGCUGCUUCGUCCACCGUCUGGCGUGUCAUCAUCUCUUACAAGUGCGCCGCCUUCAACAAUCGGGACCAGCAUCUCGACGACACCCUCCUUUGAUGUUCUGUGGAUGCUGGAAGCUCCGCGCGCGCGUCAGCACGGCGUGCCCGCGGUUGCCUUGUCCAAAGUUAAGCAACUGCGAAAGCUGAGCAAUUAUCGCCUCUCAGCCAUGGACAUGAGCAACUUUGAUACCGAUCAUCUGGGCCAGAUUCAUGCCUAUGACGUUGUGCUCACGGAGGUGCUCGAAGAAGACGAGGAGAACGAGACAGGGGCAGAGGCAGAUGGCGAGCUCAUCUGCCCCGUCCCAGCUCCGCCUUCUCCUGCCCGAGAUGGAUGCCGAUUGCCAAGCAAUGGCCCUUCCUGCGACAGCAGUAUUGAUGAUUGCGAGCUAACUUCCCUUCGGCUACCCAUGCCUGAUCCGCGCUCACCUGUCGAGCAGGCCGGGUCGCCGAUCAAUUUGCGCGCACCAUCUUGUGCACCCUCAAAUGCCAGCACAGCGGCAGCGUCACAUGUUGCCCACGAUUUGUUCAACGGGCGCAAUGCUUCUGCUGCGUCCACGUGGGCCAUGUCCAGAAGCACGGAUGGCACGCAGACGUUAUAG